AUGUACGCUGAAAGUGGAAGCCCGCGGCAAACAUCGGAUUCGAACUUUCUGCUUUUGAACGAUUCAAUUGAUGUAGACGAUGAGGACAGCAGUAUGGUGGACCCCUCUCUCCUCUCCUUUGUGGAAGAGCAGGCAGAGUUGGGGGGUGCGUCCUCCGCAGUUGAAAACGAUGUCGAGUUCGAAGAUCCCACACCUGAUCUGUACGCUGUCCUCGGUGUCGCUCGUGAUGCCAAUGAGGCGGAGCUGAAGGCAGCCUACAGACGUCUCUCGCGUCUUCUCCAUCCGGAUAAACACACGCGGGCUUCGGCCGCAGCCGAGGCCGCUUUUGGACGUCUCACGGCCGCCUACAACAUUCUCAGCGAUCCUCAUCGACGCGCCAUCUAUGACCAGUAUGGCUUUAGGGUUCUCGUGAUUGCAGGUCUGCGUAUUCAAGGUUGGGAGCUGGCUGUAAGGGACAAAUCAGCUCCAGAAUUACGUCUCGAGUACCUCUUGUUAAAGCAGAAGGCAAAAGAAGCGGAAAGUGAACAUCUGUUGCAGCCUACCUCCGAAUUGUCUUGCGGUGUUGAUAUGACCGACUUCUUCGAUCGCUAUCUCAAGGAAUCACCAGAGGAACGCAUGCUUUCACCCUCCCUGUCCGUCUACGACGUCUCUGUCUCUCAAUCGGUAACGGCACUCCGCACACCCUACAAUACCGUUAGUCUCGUCGGCCAGGUGACCACCCACAACGGGAUAGGUAUAGGCACGCUUUUUAGCCUUUGGGUGCACCGCUUGUCUCCCAAAACACCCAUUAUAGGCGCCUCUUCUACUGAGACAACUCUCUCUUAUGGUCGUGGGGGCUAUGGUCUUGGAGCUUCUGUGAAGUUGAAUAAGCAGCUUCAUGAGCGCGUAACAGGAUCUGUGGGCUUGGAAGCAGCUUCGGUGAAUCGCAAUAACAGUGCGAUUUUCAGUCUAAUUCCCGGUUUCUCACUUGCUACCAACAUUCAAGUGACACCUCACAUCGUUACCCGCCUGCAGUACAAAUUCAACCUCAGCGGUGGUUUCUCUAGUGAGGUGUUUUGGGCGUCAGAGAAGGGUGAGCGCUCCUGCCGAGUGCAAACUCAUCUCCGUCACGGCACCGCCUCACUCAAGCUCCACUUUGAAUCGCUUGUCGAUUGGCCCUGGCUGAACCCUUUACUCAAGCCAUUCACCCCAAGCCGUUGGACCUCCAAAAAGUCCUCUGCCGACUGGGAUGCAAAUUUGGACGAGGAGGACGAUCUCGUGCUAGAGACGAUACCACAGAAGGGGCGUAUUUCCGCUUCUCUUAGUUGUAAUAUUUUUGACCUGCUAGAGCUGCGUGUUGGCGCCAACUGUGUUCUCUCCGAGCUGUCUCGAGUCUCCAGCGAGAUAGGUAUCAGUUGGUUGCGCGGUCUGAGCAUGAAAUUGGGACUACAUAGAGGGGACCAAUCCUACGUGCUGCAAAUUAAACUGUCGGAUAACUUUGACCCCGCUGCUUUCACCUACGGUGUUUUGGUUCCAAGCUUGACCUACUGUCUCGUUCGCAGUCUCGUCUACGAACCAUGGGUUUUGGCACAGUUGACGAAAGCUCAGGAAAUUCGUCGUCAGCGUCUGCGAGGUGAAUUGCGACAGCUGCGAAGCGAGGCCUUAGCAACGCAAGCUCUAAUGCAGCACACUUCGUCUCGUGUGGCACGAGCCGAGAAAGAAUCCGGGGGUCUUGUAAUUGUUUACGCACUCUAUGGACAGCUAUCAUCAACAACGCCGGGCAUUCCUCUCACUGCCGAUGCGGGAGGGGCUUUAUCUAUCGACGUGACGGUGCCGCUGCAAGUGAUAGUGGAGAAUCAUCAGAUUCGGUUGCCCCCUGGGCGCUGGGCUGAUAUGCAAGGCUUCUACGACCCCUGUGCGGGCCUGGGCCGUGCGGCAUGCCAUGGGAGGCGUCCGUUACGCCAGCUCUUUGUCGCCUACACCUUCAACGGGUUGCCUCAUGAAGUGUGCACUGAGGAGUCGGCAGGUCUGGCAAUUCCCUUGAGCAAGCACCGGGUGGACACUUUUUCUGAGCAUUGA